AUGAAGUUCCACAAGCUCGUGCCAGUAUUAUGCCUGGUGACUGUCUCAUCAGCACAAGCCGAUUUUUUCAGCUCCUUACUAUCCGACGCACAAUCCAUAUAUACUGCCGUUACCUCGAUAUUGGCUCCUACAACAGCUUCCACGACAACAUCUACAAGGGCGACAUCAACUUCGAGUAGCAGCACUUCCACCUCCUCAACUUCCUCCACCUCAUCGAGCAGCACCACCUCUGUUAGCAAUGCUUCAAUCACGCCUACACCAACCACAACUCCGUCUCUUACAUCUGCGUCUACUUCGGUGGCAGCUGCGUCACAGUCAAGCUCUGCAAGCACUUCUGGGGGUGGCGGCGUAGAUACGCUUCCUAUCGUUCUGGGUUGCACGCUUGGAGCUCUUGCGCUUGCCGCUCUUUUGGCUCUGCUCUUCCUUUGCCAUCGACGUAAGAGACGUUCUGCUAAAUCGGCCAAGCACCGACCACUCUCACCAGACGAUGAUGAGAUCAAUUCAUGGAGACAUACGAGACCGUACGUCCGGUCAGAAAAGUCUCCUCUAGGACACACCGUGCCUAUCGCAGGCACAGCUGCUACAGCUCCGUUGAUGUCCGAGCGAAGCACUUUAUAUCCUGAUCACCAUCAUCAGAAUCCUUUUGUUCCAGUGCCACCACCAGCAAGAAGAACUCACUCUCGUGCCGGUCUACAAGACGUCACUGAAUACUCUGCUCACCCAUAUUCUCCUGAUCACUUCCCACCCCACAGCAGGCCGAUGUUUGAACCAGCACAACACGAUCGGGAUAACCAUCAUGCCAUGGCAGCUGGUCUGGGAGGGGCAACACUAGGAGGUCUAGCUGCUCACGCACGUGACAGACAUGUGAGAAAACGAUCAAGCAGCAGAGGACGACACACCGAUGACAAUCCGCGAUAUAGCGAGGCCGAACACAACACUCUACCCGAGGCUGCCACAGUGGACAGAAGGUCAGGAAGUGUUAGCAGAGCUAACGCGAAAGAGCCUUGGCCAUUUAUGGAUGCAUCACGAACGAGUAUGGACGGUUCGACAUCUCGCAGUCGGAGUCUCAGUGUCAACCACGAGCAUUAUAUGACACCUGAUCAACACCCUGUUGAGUCCAUGCCUUCUUCAUCUGGCUUUUUCAAUGGCGCAGCCGCUGGGGGUUCUACGGGGCUGCUUGCUCCAAGAAGGACAGGAGGUCGAAGCCCACAACGAAAAGGUAUAUUGAAGAAUACGACUUCACAAUUUUCUACUUCGUCCUCCUCGUCUAACGAUCGCACGUAUUCGACACAUUCAACGGUAAGCCCUGAAACUGAAAUGGCAGAUUCAGGUCCACAUGAGCUGGAAAGUGCGAUUAUCCCACCAUUGCCGGUACAACGUGAAAGACGAGACAGCGCUCUGGGUACUGCUGCUCCUAUGGGUGCAGCUGCAGCUCACUCGAAGUUUUCAAAAAGUGGCAGUGAGAGUCCUAGAUUAUCCAUGGUACCACCACCCAUUCAUACAUCGGAGCCGAGCUAUGACCCUCCUCAUGUUCCAAGCCGAAGUCCUAAACGUCACAGUCUGGAUCAUCGUGCUCGCUAUUCAUCUGCAAAUGAAGGUACUGUUGAACUUCCUGCACACUUCAACAGAGAAGCGACAGUUUCGCCUCCACUCGAACCAUCAGCCGCCGAGCAUGAUCUGACUUCGCCAGUGUCUCCGAUCAAUACUUCACAGCCAGGAUCAUGGUCAAGAGCACAGGCCGAACAAUUAGGCCUUGACCCUAACGGUGUAGCAGCCAAAACAGCAAGCCAGGAGAGCACGGCAGCUGGCUCAAUAUCGCCAGAAGAUAAGUCGGACGAUCCUAGUAAUCAAUCUUCGGGUCUCGUUUCAGCCAUACAGAAGAUCUUCAGCUCUUCGAACAGCGCCUGGAACGACCAGGAGGACACGACGAGUCAAAUGCUGAUCCGUCCCGACAACAACUACCACGAUGAUGUGGAUCGUCGAUAUCGCAGUGUACCUCAGCGCAAGCCAGCACCAAGCAGAUCAUCCGUACAAUCCCACAGCCAAUAUGGUGAAGUUAACCAGGCGAACGUGGAUACGAUACCAGGUGCAUGGAUGGAAGAAACAGCACCUCUGCAGCAAGCCCGACAUCGUCCCAGUGGCGAUUCCGCUCGUUCGCAACCGCCACAGUAUCGAUCACGAGACAAUAGUCUAGGCCAAACCAGCAUCAACGACUUUGCACCUACAGUCCCAACAAACAUAUCCUCAAACUCAACUCGCCCACGAGCACGAUCCCGUCCCGGCUACGGCAUAGGCUCCGGCGACCCAUUCGACCUCGCUCGCGUCCGAACAGACUCAUCCAUGACCGGUCUCUCUCUCGCAAACUGCCACGAACCUGGCACCGACGCCUCUCCACGACCACACUCCUACCGUAUCUCAACCGCCUCAAAUCCGUAUACCCACCAGGAACCAACACUUGCAGAUCUCAGACGACAAGUCAUGGCAGAAGACCGUGAGCGCGCACGACAAUCUUGGAGGAAGUCGCAGUCUAGAGAGCGGAAGGAUAGUGUUGGAAGAUAUGGUAACGAUCAGGAGUUUUUUGAUCUUGUGGAUCAGACGACGGGGAGUGGGAGGUUUUAUGCUGAGAGUGCUGGUGGCCAGAGAGGUGUUGCUCCUGUUGGGUGGGCUGUUUGA